ACGGGAUGGGAUGUCAUUACCAAGGGGGAGGUUAAGCUGUCUGGAACCCGCAACCUGUGAAGACACAAAGGAAAUCGUUUCCGGGUCUCUUAAAGAGACAGUACAACAUGUAAACGUUACACUCGAGGAACUUGUGCGAGAUGGGGCGAGAGAAGGACGCUAAAGGAGACCAUAAGGCCAAGCACAAAGCGACGAAACUAAAAAGAUUGAGUGACUGUGAAAGCGCAGGUGCUGUGGGAGAUAACAUCAAGAGCAGCCCAAAUCCAACUAAACCCACAAUGAAAACCGAUAAAGGAAAAUCUUCCAAAAAGCUGACUGUCAAGACACCAAAGAUGGAGAACCUUGAAUCAGCCAGCAGCAUCAGCGAAUCUUUGAAACAGGAGCCACAGGCUGAUGACUUUAGUGCAAAGAAGAAAGGGGUGAAAAGGAAAAGAAAUAAAGACGAGCCCAUCGAAGGCACCAGUGAUUCCACUAAUUCGCCUACCUUAAAGAGAGAAAAAAAGCAACGUCAUCUUGAAGAAGGAGGAGGUGAUGGAACGGCUCAGAAAAAGACGUCUAAGAAGAGAACACAAAAGACGUUAAAGGCAGAAGAAGAAGAGCAUGCCGUGUCAAAAAAAAUUAAGAGGACAAAGGAGGAGAUUGAAGAAGCAAGACAGCUGAAGAUCAAAAAGAAGGAGGAGGAGGAGCAGAAUCGCUGGAGAUGGUGGGAGGAAGAGAAGUAUGAAGAUGGGGUGAAAUGGAAGUUCUUGGAACACAAAGGACCCUACUUUCCUCCUGAGUACCAGCCUCUACCUGACAAUGUUCACUUUUACUAUAACGGUAAGAAGGUGAAGCUGAGCCUGGCAGCAGAGGAGGUGGCCGUGUUCUUUGCCCAGAUGUUGGAUCAUGAGUAUACCACCAAAAAGGUGUUCCGGGAGAAUUUCUUUAAGGAUUGGAGAAAGGAAAUGACCGACGAGGAAAGGUCACUGAUUCAAGAUCUUGAUAAGUGUGACUUUGGAGAAAUCCAUUCCAUGCAUAAAGCCAAGGUAGAGGCCAGGAAAAACAUGUCCAAGGAGGAGAAACAGGCUUUGAAAGAGGCCAACCAGAAGAUAGUGGAUGAAUACGGCUACUGUCUUCUGGACCACCACAAAGAACGCAUUGGCAACUUUAAGAUUGAGCCUCCAGGGUUAUUCCGAGGUAGAGGCGAGCAUCCUAAACAAGGCAUGCUAAAGAGAAGGAUCCAACCAGAGGAUGUCAUCAUUAACUGUAGCAAAGAAUCCCGCAUCCCUGUACCACCUGCUGGCCACCAUUGGAAGGAAGUUCGGCAUGAUAACGCUGUGACGUGGCUGGCCAGCUGGACUGAAAACAUCCAGGGCUCAAUUAAGUACAUCAUGCUCAAUGCCAACUCAAAACUCAAGGGAGAGAAGGAUUGGGAGAAAUAUGAGGUUGCUCGGAAACUGAAGUCAUGUGUGGAUGGCAUCCGAAACCAGUACCUCCAGGAUCUUAAAUCCAAACAGAUGGUCACGCGCCAGAGAGCUGUGGCCCUGUACUUCAUAGACAAGCUGGCCCUGAGAGCUGGUAAUGAGAAAGAGGAGGGAGAGACGGCAGACACAGUGGGUUGCUGCUCACUUCGUGUUGAGCACAUCACCCUGCACGAGCAACUGGAUGGCAACGAAUGUGUGGUAGAGUUUGACUUCCUGGGUAAAGACUCCAUUCGUUACUACAACAAGGUUCCUGUCAUCAAAAAGGUUUUUAAGAAUCUUAAUCUCUUCCUGGAGAACAAGCAGCCCGGAGAUGAACUCUUUGACCGCCUUAAUACGACCCUUCUGAACAAACAUCUGAGUUCUCUAAUGCCCGGUCUGACUGCAAAGGUCUUCAGGACAUAUAACGCCUCUAUCACUCUGCAGCAGCAGCUUAAAGAACUAACAAACAAGUCUGACAAUGUGGCAGAGAAACUGCUGUCCUACAAUAGGGCUAACAGAGCAGUUGCUAUUCUCUGUAACCACCAGCGGGCACCGCCAAAGACCUUUGAACAGUCCAUGGCUAACCUUCAGGCCAAGAUUGAUGCUAGAAAGGAGCAGCUGGCCCUAGCCAAGACGGAGCUGAAGCAGGCCAAGAAGGAGGCCAAGACCAAAGGGAAUUCAGACCCAAAGCUGCAGGCGUUGGUGGAGCGGAAAAAGGCAGCAGUGAAGCGUUGUGAAGAGCAGCUGCUGAAGAUGGAGGUCCAGGCAACUGACAAAGAAGAGAACAAACAGAUUGCUCUGGGUACCUCGAAGCUCAACUACCUGGACCCACGCAUAACCGUGGCUUGGUGUAAGAACAUGGAGGUACCUAUAGAAAAAAUCUACAAUAAAACCCAACGGGAGAAGUUUGCCUGGGCCAUCGACAUGACAGAGGCAGACUUUGAGUUCUGAUUUAAAUUUUAACUCUAGUCUUUAGUCUCAUAAGGUUCUGCAAGAUGCAAUUAAGAAACCAUUCACUUCAUGUUCCAUAUAGUACUUUAAUAAUGCAUUUAUUGUAUUUUUCAAAGUCUACUCAUGUUGUACUUAAUGAUUGUGUGGCUCUGCUCUAAUGUGGUUUUGCUUAGUACUGUUCAUUUUUGUUAGGCACUUAUUUGGAAUAUUUGAUGUGUUUGUAUUUUUUGUUUGCAUUCAUUUGAAUAAAGGUUCCCAUUAGGCAGUAACGGGGAAAAGAUGCUGUCAGUUUCUUAAAACGCUACUCUUAAGGAAGUACUGUUGCAAAUGCAUAAUUCCACGUUAGAUGUUAGGAUACACAAAGACAGUUAUAGAAGGUAAAGGCCCAUCUGCCCACUUAAUUAAAAUAUACAGCAGUUUAGAAUGUAAAUAAAAACUUCUAUUAAACCCCAUGUUUAAUCAAAAUGGUACAAAGACAACAUACCAGGUUUUGCUUUUUGAAGAAAAAAAAUGCUCAUUUUUAUUUGAUGUCAACAAUACAUUAAAGCAAAAACGUUGACAGUUUGAGAGUUCUCUUUUGUUGUAUUUCCUAUUUUAUAAUAUGCUGUUUUCAGUGGUUAACUGCAUCAACAAACA